UGUGCUAGCUAUCAUUGGACAUCUUUGCUGGCUUUCAGUGCCCAUAAGUGCUGGCUCUCGGUGCCUCCUCAGUGAUGCAGUCAUUGCCCACCUGUUCUGCUUAUCAGUGCCGCUUAUCAGGGCGGACUGACCAUUUGGAAACUUGGGCACUGCCCCAGAGCCCGGGGUCAGUAGGGGGCCCCAUGAGAUGCCCCUGGUACCUUUUUCAUAGGCUUUUUUGAGUUUGGGCAAGGACACAAGGGCCCCAUGAUCCCCUAUUGCCCGGGGGCCCCAUGA